AGAGCUGCACCAUCUUGUUCUCCUAAUCUCGUCACUUCGUCUCCUCCCAUACUCCUUCGCCGCAUCUCGCAUUCUCGUCAAUGGAGACGAGAGACCAGAGCAGCAUCUCGCAAUAAAACUACAGCCGUCACUCCCAUUAGCCUUCUCGUCAGCCGCAUCUCCUUCUCGUUAGCUGCAUCUCGUUCUCGCCAGCGCCUUCUCGCCGGAGCUGCCAACUUGUGACGGAAAUGGAAAACAGGGAGAAGAGAUAUCUAGCUUGCGAUUGAAGUGGCCAAUAUAUUCCUCUGAAGAAACCGCAUCAACACUCUCUGAUGCAGCAAGCAAAACAAAUCUUGAUGAUUUGAAGAAGGAAUUGCCACCAAAUAAAGUUCUUGUAAAUGGUCGAAGGUAUUUAGUGAGAAAGAGCAAGAUAAGGGCGGAGUAUUGGCACAAUUACCUUGAGUAUUUGGAAGGUGAUUUUCUAAGAGCUGAAUGUAAGUUUUGUGAUAAAACUUUUUCCGCUGACAGUAAUCUAAAUGGCUCAAAAAACGUCAAGAAUCAUUCAGAAAUAUGUCUAGGUAAUCCUGCCAAUAAAGAUAAAGGAAAAGGAAAACAAUCUGAGUUGGUUUUAACUCAUGGGGAUAAUGAUGGUGGUGAUGGAGAGAAUAAAUUGAAAUAUGGGACUGUGAAUUUAAAAGAUAACAAGGUGAUUCGAUUGGUAGAGUUAGACAUUGUGUUAAAUAUGUUAGGAACUCUCCUGCAAGAUUGCAAAGGUUUAAUGAUCUUGUUCAAAAGGCAAAUAUUGGUAGUAAGUCCUCUUUAUCUAUUGAUGUUCCCACACGUUGGAAUUCAACUUUCAUGAUGUUGGAUAAUGAUGUGAAAUUUCAACGUGUUUUUAGUGGUAUAUCCUUGCCAACUGGAAAAGACAUUCCUAAAGACGAAUUGCCUCCUGAAUCUGGUGACUGGGAGAAGGUAGAGAGGUUGCUUGUUUUUUUGAAAGGAUUUUAUCUUAUAACUCGUCGUAUUUCAGGAUCUCUUUAUGUGACUAGCAAUAAAGGUUUUUUUGAGAUUGCUGCCAUUUGUGAUAUGUUUGUUGGACAAUGUGCUAUCAUGAAUAUAUAUUUUUGCAAUGUCCUUUGCACAUUGUCUUUUAGGUUUUGAUAAUGACAAAAGGGUGACAAAACAUCAUCAUCAUAUUGUGCAUCAAGGCUAAGAAUCAAAGCUACAACAAGUUCAUAUCCGUCCGUGAAGAAGGGACUUGAGCAUCGGUGGAAGGAACAAGACCGAAGAGGUUGUUUCCUUAGUUGGGUAGUGUUUUAGGUCUUAGACUAUGUGUUAAAGAGUAUGGCAUCUCUAAGGUUCAUUCCCUUAUCAUCCUACCUUUAAAACACAUUUUAGAUCAGCCUUUCUAUUCGAAAAAUCUUUAGUCUAUUCGAAUAAGUCGUGAUCUUUCCUGUGACUGAAGUUAACCUGUUUUAUUUGAAUAAAUCCACCACUUUUUCAAAUAAGUCCUGGUUUUCAACCUGAUUUAUUCGAAUAGGAACUGGUUUUUCAAGCCACGUGAUUGAUCCAAACUAUUCGAAUAGUUCUUGAGUUAUUCGAACAAGUCGACAGUUUCAACUACCAAAUGGCUAGUUUUUUGAAUGCUUUUCAUCCCUAUCCACUCCCUAACUUCUAUAAACUACCUACUUUCGUGAUUAUCUUCAUGAGAGCACUUAGAACACUUUGAAGAACAUAUUCUUUGAAUAUCCAAAGAGAUUCUACUCAAUCCCCUCCUUAUAUCCAAGCAAGGCAAUUGUUUUGAUUUCUAAAUCAUUUCUUGCUUGAGUUUUUCCUCAUUGCUCGAGUCUUUGAGAGGUAUUGCCAUAUUCUAAAGGACUUCAUUGUAUUUGCAACAAUCUACUCCGUGUUGGGAGAAUUACUCGGUUGCGGUUUGUUUUCUUACUUUAUUGUAAGAGAUUUGUAUUCUUGGUGUUGGGAUUACACCAAGUGGUAGAAAUCCUAACGGUUUGUGAAAUCAAACGUUAGGUGGAAGAAAUCCUGAGUUUUGUGAAAUCAAAACUUUGGUGGUAAGAUAAGAGGCUUGUGAAAUCAAGUUCUCAAGUUGUAUUCGGAUAGUCAAACUUCGUUAAGUUUGACAGGUUCGUGAAGACCUGGGCACGAUUGCUUUGAGGACUGGAUGUAGGCAUUUAGGCUGAACCAGUAUAUCUCGUGUGUGCAUUGCUCUUAUCCUUCACUUUAUUUUGUUUGUGGUGCAUUGUUUUUUGUUGAAUAUUCGUGAAGAACGUUUUUGCGCAAAAAAAAACUGGUCUUUUGGGCAACACCUCUAUUCACCCCCCUCUAGAGGUGUGCGAGGCGUCUAACAAUGUUGAAUAAAUGGGAAAAAAAUGUUGAUCCUGAAUUUCAAGCAAUGGCCAUUGCAAUGAGAGAGAAAUACAACAAGUAUUGGGGAGAUGUGGAUAAAAUGAACAAGCUUAUUUACGUUGCAGCAAUUCUUGAUCCACAUUAUAAGAUGUUAGUGGUUGGAAUCACACCUGUUGACAUGUUUGGAGUGAAAAAAGGCAAAGAUCUUGCAGAAAAUGUUGAAAAAUGGUGCAAGCUCUCUUGUGUGCACAAGAUUCGCUACGAACAAAAAGGAAUCACCGGAGUAGACUUAGAAGAAAACAUAAAAGAACUUGAAAAAGGUUUGUGAUAAUUUAGUUUGUUUAAAUCUAAUAUCAUUUUCUAAUUAUCAUGCAUCAAAAGAAAUGUAAGAUAUAUGUAUGAUCCUAGGGUUAUUUUCUAGAGAACCUAGAAAUUAUGAGAAUUUUAGGAAUGCACCUAGAAAAUCUAAUUAUCUUAGGACACAUAGAAAGUCACCUAGUCCAUAUAGAUAUAUGUAUGAUCCUAGGGUUAUUUGCCAUUU